GAAUAUGUUCGAAUCGGAGCAAUGGAUGAUGAGCAAAUAUGGACAAGCAACAAGUAGUCCAGCGUGUGAAGCAAAAAAAUUUGUGCUUGGCUUAGGCAGCGAAGGAAGAAACUUUUGGGAGAGAGCACAACAAAUAAUGAAAGUUCAAGAACCUCUCCUGAAGGUUUUAAGAUUAGUUGAUGGGGAUGACAAGCCAACAAUGGGAUUUAUAUAUGAGGCAAUGGAGCGAGCAAAGUUGGCUAUUCAAAAAAAUUCCAGAAGCUAUUUGGAAUAUUGGAGAAUAAUCGAUGAUAGAUGGAAUUUUCAAUUGCAUCAUGACUUACAUGCCGCUGGAUAUUUUCUAAAUCCUCAAUAUCAAUAUGGCCUACAUGAUAUUGGAAAUGAUAAUGAGAUCAUGUUGGAUCUCAAAAAUGUGAUUCAACGUCUAGAGGGGGAUUUAGUAAAUCAAGGAAAAGCAUUAAAUCAAGCCUUACUUUUUCGGGACAAAAUAGAGAGUUUUGGAACAGCUUUGGCGCAAAAAGCAAUUAAGUUCACUAAUCCAGGUACUAAGUUUAUAAAAUAAGUAUAAAUUAUUUUUGUUCAUUCAUUUUUAUACAACUACGUUCAUUAAAAUAAUAAAAAUUUAAAAAUAUUUUGCAGCUGAGUGGUGGAUUAAUUAUGGAGAAAGUGCUCCUGAGUUGAGAAAAAUCGCUAUUAAAGUACUGAGUCAA